GGCGAGCUGGCAGACUCAGCGGAGAACUGACACUCACUGAUUUAUUAUUAUUAAUUAUUAUUAUUAUUUAUUGGAGCCGGUAGCUCGGGAAGACAACCAACAAGUCCUCUUUCCCCGCAUUCUGAAGCUCCAGCCAUCGAUCGAACUCCCGCUAGAUGUCCCUGCCCCGGAACCUUGUUACACCGGAACUUUGUUUUACUGGAAUCUUGUUUCAGCCGAACUAGAUGCCGAAGUUCCCGUUACUGCCGGACGCAAAUGUAACGGGCCGCUUCCGGUUAGGAAUCAUGGCCGCGGCCUUUGGGGACUCACGUGUGAGUGCGGGGAAAAAGCUGAAAAAUUCACUAACGAAGAAGAAGAGGAUGAAAAUGGUAGUAGCAUCGGAGCUGGGAGAUAAGGACAAAGACGCUUCCGAUAAUGAAGGUUCUCUUGGAAGCUGUGGAUUGGAAAAAGAUCGCUUUUCCUCUGGUGAUGACGCAGUAGAAGCUGACAACGAAGAUGAAGCUGAACCCCGCGAGGAUGACAAUGCCAGUGCUGCAGAGGCUGGUGUGGGGACUAACGCGGGCUGGGCAGAUGCCAUGGCUAGAAUCCUGAACAAGAAGAUUCCCGAGAGCAAACCCACCAUCCUGGUCAGAAACAGAGAGCUGGAAAAGGAAAAAGAGAAGUUAAAACGAGAGAGACUAGAGAAAAGGAAACAGCUUGAUAAGAAGCGGGAAUGGGAAAUGAUGUGCAGAGUAAAGCCAGAUGUUGUCAAAGACAAAGAAACGGAGAGAAAUCUUCAGAGAAUUGCUACGAGGGGUGUGGUGCAGUUAUUUAAUGCCGUUCAAAAGCAUCAAAAGAAUGUAGAUGAGAAGGUUAAAGAAGCUGGAGGCUCUAUUAGAAAACGAGCUAAGUUGAUAUCCUCGGUUUCCAAGAAGGACUUCAUCAAUGUUCUGAGAGGGAUGGAUGGAAAUGCAAGUGAGAAGACUUCUGCUGGGAAGAACUCGAAAGCCAAACAGACUGAAGCAAAAUCAGAAGAGGGCCCAGGAUGGACGAUCUUGCGUGAUGAUUUCAUGAUGGGCGCAUCCAUGAAAGACUGGGACAAAGAAAGUGAUGGAGCAGAUGACAGCAGACCAGGGUCUGGGAGUGACUGACACAUAAAGCUACAUAAGAAGCUCAGUUUACAUUUUACUUUCCUGGGAAAACAGUUCAUACUCUGAAGGUUGGGAAAUUAUAAAGAUUGCAUUUGUAAGAAAGCCAAAAGACUUCCAUUAUUACCAACUUUGGUGUUUCCUUUUUUCAUGUAAACUUUGUUAAAAUUAUAUUUCAAACCUUAUAUGAUUUUAAGCAUUGUUCCUUAGAACAUUUGUAAAAAGAAAUAUUUCUACUUGAGAGGUGCAUUUUGCUAGGUUUACUAUAGGUUUACAUACUGCCCUUGGAUAUUGGUAUUUCAUUCAGCUAUCACCAGUGUUUGUGGAAAUGCAACAUCAAUUUAUAAUUAAAAUGAACUCCUUGAUGUUAGUAUUUUUUAGCCUCUAACUUACAUACUUGUAUAUGUAUAUUUUUUGUGGGAAAGGGUUGGUGGCUGUUUUGGUGAGGUAUUGAGAAAACCUAUGUAUUAAUAACAAUUUUUAAAUCAUAGCAUUUCUGAUUUGGGGUAAUGAUUUUAUUUAUAGAUACUCUGGCAAAUAAUGAUUUAAGAAGUAUCAAAUUUCUACUUUUAUAUUGUCUUUUAUAUGCUAAGUAAUGUAUAUAAAUAAUGACUUAGAUUUAUUUUAAAUGUUAGUUUAUUUUUGUAUGAGAGAUUUACUGAGGUGGAAAUUCUCAUAUUUAACUUAUACAGUGAGGCAUAGUUUCUUAGGAAGCAUAGUUGACAUGUUCUAGUUUCUCUUAUUUUCCCUAUUUUUGAGGUUUUUUUUCCCUUUUUUCUCUAUAUUUGAGUCAGCUUAAAUUCUCUUUUAUGGAUGGACUGACAAGUGAAAUGGUAGACAAUAGAUGCGUAUGUGUGUGCUUAAUCACUUCAGUCUUAUCUGAUUCUUUGCAACCCUAUGGACUGUAGCCCACCGUGUUCCUCUGUCCAUGGCAUUCUCUAGGCAAGAAUACUGGAGUGGAUUGCCAUGCCCUCCUCCAGAGGAUCUUUCCUACCCAGGGAUCGAACCAUCAUCUUCUGCGGCUCCUGACUUGCAGGCAGGUUCUUUACCACUGAGCUAGCAGGGAAGCCCAGACAGUAGAUAGUCUGCAUCAGAAAGCUGCAUCUGAGUUGAAGCUUGAUUGCUUAUAGUAGCCUUAAAGAUUACUAAAUUGGGUGACUUUUAGUCUAGAUGUUAAACAGAAAGAGAUGAGAAAGCAGGACUAUUUAAAUACCAUUCCAAAAUUUCUGUGAUACUGGGCCUAAGCUGCAAAGUUUGUAGGGGAAUUAUUAAUAAAAGUGAUCUCUUCUUUUUUA